UGAUCCAUUCCAUUCCUACCUUUUUUUAAAUAUGAACCUAGGCUUCUGCUUCGUGACGCAAUUCCGUCCAUGUAUGUGUUCCUGUUUCUGGUUCUGAUGGUUCAACCAGGUGUUCCCCGAGACGCAGCUCAUGCAGUUGAGCUCUACACAAAGGCGUCCGAAGAGGGAAGUGCCGAUGCCAGCUAUCGCCUAGGCAAUUGCUAUAUGACUGGCACUGGAGUGGAGAAGGACGAAGAGGAGGCAGUUUGGUACUACCAGCAGGCGGUAUGUUCCAAGCAGCAGCCGCAAUCUUUCUUCGCACUUGUUCAAGCCGUGAUUUGGUUAAGGAAGAGCGCUGAGCAAGGGGACGCGUUCGCCCAGAACAAGCUGGGCAUCUGCUACGAGAACGGCGAGGGUGUGGAAGAGGACUUAAAGACAGCAGCGGACUGGUAUCGCAAAGCUGCCGAGCAGGGCAAUGCCGACGCUCAGUUCAACCUUGGUUAUCUUUAUUUUCAUGGCAGAGGCGUGGACACGGACGAAGCCGAGGCCGUGCAAUGGUACCGCAAAGCCGCGGAACAAGGCUAUACUCGAGCCCAGACCAACCUGGGUUACUGCUAUGAGCGUGGAGCUGGGGUUCCCAAGGACGAACUGGAGGCCCUCAAGUGGUACCGCGAAGCGGCGGAACAGGGGUAUGCUCAAGCCCAGCAUAACGUAGGGUGGUCCUGCGGGAAAGGGACUGGGACAAACGGGGUCCCAAACUACGAGGAAGCGGCCCAGUGGUACCAAAAGGCAGCGGAACAAGAUCUCCCUGACUCGCAGUGCAACCUUGGCAUGUGUUAUCGUGAUGGCCAAGGGGUAGAAAAAGACAUCCAAAAAGCCGAGGAAUGGUUCCGAAAGAGUGCUGAUCAGGGGUUCAAGGGGGGUCAGCGAAACCUAGGCUUCUUGCUCUAUGAUAAGGCCAAAGAGUUGGCAUCGGCAGAAGGCAAUGAAGAGCAGAGUGAGGAGCUGGCCAAGGAGGCCGUCGCGUGGCUCCUUAAGGCUGCAGAGCAGGGCGAUACCCUGGCACAGAACAAGCUCGGCGCUUGUUAUGGCAACGGUGAGGGGGUGGAGAAGAACGAGGAGAGGGCAGCUGAGUGGUACCGAAAGGCAGCUAUCCAGGGGAAUGCGGAGACACAGUGCAACCUUGGUUUCCUCUAUUUCCACGGAAAAGGUGUGACGAAGGACGAAGCCGAGGCAGUGAAAUGGUAUACGAUGUCGGCGGAGCAGAAUGACCCGCGAGGACAGACCCACCUUGGAUAUUGCUAUGAGAAAGGAGCAGGCGUGGAGAGGAACCAGCAAGAAGCGGUGACCUGGUACCGUAGGGCUGCGGAGCAAGGUUAUGUGCAGGCAGAGCAUAAUAUGGGUUGGUGUUAUGAGAAGGGAAUUGGAGUCGACCAAGAUUACGCCGAAGCUGUCAAAUGGUACGAGAAGGCUGCUGUUAAAGGAUUCGCCGACUCGCAAAGCAACUUGGGAAUGUGCUAUCGCGAUGCCUUGGGAGUAGAGAGAGACCUUGAUGUCGCAGAACAAUGGUUCCUUAAGGGAGCAGAGCAAGGCUUGAAGGGCGCUCAGCGCAAUCUUGGUUUCCUCCUGUAUGAUAAAGCCAAGCGAGGAGGCUCAGAAGCAGAUAGUGAUGGUACUACCAUGAAGGAAGCGGUGAAAUGGUUGGAAAAAGCUGCCGACCAAGGAGAUGCGCUGGCACAGAAUCAGCUGGGAGUUUGCUUUUCAAAAGGAGAGGGGGUAGCUGCGAAGGAUGAGAAGGAAGCAGCCGAGUUCUACAGGAAAUCCGCCGAACAGGGUUUCACCGACGCUCAGUGCAACCUGGGUUUCCUUCAUUUCCACGGAAUAGGCGUUCCUAAGGACGAAAAGGAGGGGGUCAGGUGGUACGAGCUGGCAGCCGGUGCUGGUCAUGCAAAGGCCCAGACGCAUCUCGGCUAUUGCUAUGAGAGAGGCACAGGAGUGCCCAAGGACAACAAGGAGGCUGCAUCCUGGUACACCAAAGCCGCGAACCAAGGUUAUGCCCAGGCUCAACAUAAUUUGGGUUGGUGCUACGAGAAGGGCAUCGGCGUGGACCAGGAUUACCCCACCGCUGCUGGCUGGUACGCAAAAGCGGCUGCCCAAGGGUUUGCAGACGCCCAGAGCAACCUGGGCAUGUGCUACAGAGAUGGGCAAGGGAUUGAGAAAGAUCUGGAGAAAGCGGAGGAUUGGUUCCGCAAGGCCGCUGCUCAAGGGUUGAAGGGGGGUCAACGGAACCUAGGCUUCCUUCUGUACGACAAGUGCAAAGCCGCAGAAGAUGAAAGUGUAAUGCGGGAGGCAGUGCAGCACCUGACCCUGGCAGCUGAGCAGGGAGACGCGCUGGCGCAGAACCGUCUCGGGACUUGUUAUUCCAAAGGAGAGGGUGUGGAGAAGGAUGAGACCAAAGCGGCUGCAUGGUACCAGAAGUCCGCGUUGCAAGGCAACCCCGACGCUCAGUGCAACCUUGGCUAUCUUUGCUUCCACGGAGUAGGAGUCCCACAGGACCAAGAAGAGGCUGCGGCUUGGUACCAGAAGGCCAGCGAUCAGGGUGACCCUAGGGCUCAGGCCUUUUUGGGAUUUUGCUAUGAGAGGGGCGAAGGGGUUCUGAAAGACGACCAGCAAGCAAUCACGUGGUAUCGAAAGUCGGCGGAGCAAGGGUACGUCCAGGCCCAGCACAACAUGGGUCGGUGUUACGAGCGCGGAAUCGGCGUUCCACAGAGCUAUGAGGAGGCGGCCGCUUGGUACCAGAAGGCAACCGAAAAGGACUUCCCCGACGCAUACAACAACCUCGGGAUAUGUUAUCGAGAUGGACUGGGAGUGGAAAAGAACAGGAACAAGGCUGAAGAAUGCUUCCGCAAAGGCGCAGAGAAAGGGCAUCGUGGAGCAAGACGCAACCUUGGGUUCCUUCUCUACGACAAAGCAAAAGAGGCGGCGGAAAAGAAGGGUGACGGUUCGGAGACAGAGGAGAAGACGUCUGAGGAGCUGAUGCUGGAAGCGGUGGAGUGGCUGCGCAAGGCAGCAGAUGCAGGAGACCCUUUAGCCCAGAACAAGCUUGGGGUGUGUUGUUCGAGGGGAGAGGGGGUUGAGAAGGACGAGUCGGUUGCUGCGGAAUUGUACCGCAAGUCGGCCGAUCAAGGAAACAGCAAUGCCCAAUGGAAUCUGGGAUGCUUGUAUUUUCAUGGCAAAGGCGUUCCCAAGGACAUGCCAGAGGCCGUGAACUGGUUCCAGAAGGCGGCCGAUCAGAACGAUCCGAGGGCUCAGACGCAUCUCGGCUACUGUUAUGAGAAAGGACUCGGAGUUGAGCGAGAUGAAGCGCAAGCGCUGUCGUGGUAUACCAAAGCGGCGGAACAAGGCUAUGCCCCCGGGCAGCACAAUCUCGGAUGGUGCUACGAGAAAGGCGUGGGGGUCGGAAACCAAGGCAACCCCUCUGCUUUCCCCUCUGAGGGCCAACUUGGGCCAGACGGUUAUCCGCUGAUGGCACCACAAGAGAUGCAAGCGCAAGAAGAAGCACAAACACUCAACCGAGCAGAGGCCGUGAAGUGGUACACGAAGGCUGCUGAGCAGGGGUUCGCAGAGUCCCAGUGCAAUUUGGGUAUCUGCUACAGAGAUGGACAUGGCGUGGACAAGGACGUACUCGUGGCUGAGCAAUGGUUCCGAAAGGGUGCCGAACAAGAUCACAAAGGCGCACAGCGAAACCUCGGCCUCCUCUUGUACGACAAAGCUAAAGGUAACACAGCUUUAUAAUUGUCCCCGCAAUUAUACAGACAUAGUUUCCUCUUGUUGGAAUGCUUAUUAAGUAGUAUUAACGAA